GACUUUUCGGGUGCGUGCUCUGAGGAAGUGGGUUGCUUUAUUUUCCGUGCUCAUUUCUUCCCCUCCCGAGCCUCCCAAGCCUUCCAGGCGCACGGAAACGCAGUCCCCUAUCAACCUUCCCUCACCAAAGCCCAAGGCUCUUUGCUCUAACUACUUGUAGCUACUAUCAUCGCGACCAUCUUGGUGAGAGUCCCAGGUAAGGUCUCCUUAGAAGCAUCACGUACAGAAAGACGCGAGACGUGCUCACCAGCAUCUUGCCAUGGACGACGGCAGUAGUAGCAGACGGAGGUUUGUCUCCCGGGUGCCGUCCCUGCCGACGUCCACAUACAUCAGCUCUGUUUCGGGAGUACCCGAUGAGAGCAUGUCCAGAAUGUGUGGUCCUUCAGCAGCGCCUGCAGUGCACAGUGUGGCUUGCCGAGUUUCAGCACGGCAGCCGGUUGCAGAGUUCAGCAACUCAACGAAGACAGCAGCAGCAGAGCAGGAGUCAAGAAACGCGUCAGAAACGAGACGAACGCUGCUAGAAAGCAAGAGUUCCAGCACGUUUCGCACUCGCAGUCGAAGGUACAACAGCAACAUUAGCACGUGGAACGGGAGCGUUAUGGGCCAGCGGCUGUUUCUUCUCGCUGCGUCCGUUCUAGUGUUGUGCGACCUUUCCUGGGCAGUAUUUGUGACCCGCAGUACGUGUGAUCGCACCGACCAACCAAUCCACGACAUGGUGGAAGCGCUGAACUCGGAACAGCGCAAGAUCCUAGCGCAACACGCCAUUAACGCCACCACACCGCUUAUGUACAGAGGAGAGUACUGCGCCGUGCACGUUUGCCAAGAGCUGAUGCAAGGUACGCGCUGGGCAUGCCACCUCAACCAUUCACGCUAUCCAUUCUUCGGCGUGGACAAUCCGCCAAAGCUUCUCAAAGGAACAAAGGAGAGAGCCAUUCUGUCAGCACUAGACUCGGCGGGGGUGCUGGUCAAGCUUUCUCGUGAAUGUAACAAAGGUGGCCCACCACUGCGUGCUUGUCAGUGCCUUGGAUCAACCACCAGCGCUGGAACAACACAGGAGGAAUUUGUGCGGCACACUGUCGAGUGCAGCCGAAAUGAGGACGCCAGCUCCGGACCGAUGGCCAUUGCCAAGAACUUUGUGGAUGCAAACGAGCACGAGAUAUGUAAAGGAAGUGCGAGAGCCGGUCGUGAUGAAACACAAUGUAUGACGAACCUGCACAAUAACUUGGUUGGGAGAAGGCUCGUUGUGCGACACAUGCGCAGAAAGUGCCACUGCGUGGGCACCAGCGGCUCCUGCUUGGACCAAGUCUGCGUAAAGUACAUGCCAGAUAUCUUGCACGAGGCACCAUUGAAGAGAGAGUUUCUUCGGAGCUUCAACCAAGCUAAGCAGGUAUAUGUGUCCAAAGGACAGUCUGGAAAGCUUCGUUUAUCAAAGGCCACCGACCAUAAGAAGCCCGGUAACACUGAACUUGUAUACUUCAGGCCGUCGCCCCGCCUGUGCAGCCACCAAUUCCGUCCAAUUGGCCCACCGGUGCACCACCGCUACUGCAAGAACAUCACCGGUCCGGGAAUUGUACCUGGGUCCUGCAAGUAUUUGUGCUGUGGUGGGCAGUUUGAGAAGGAGAUAGAAAAAGUGCCAUACACGUGCAAUGCACGUCUACGGAGGAUGCCCAAUGCCGAAGGCUACAGGUGGAUAUUUGAUACGUGCUACAAGGAGGUUCAUAAGUUCAAGUGCAGCGAGCGCAAAGAGAGACAGCGUGCUAGUCCCAGCAGUAUUGCCUAGCUGCACUGGAGAAUACGCAUGGUGUUUGGCGAGGCGCUCGCUGCCGACAGCACAGACAUAUGAAAUAGGCUCUCCUAACAUUAGAUGCAGUCUGUGCCUGUGUGUGUGUGUGCGUGCGUGUGCACGCCACCCUGCUCCGUCAUUGCAUUGCAACAGCAUGAGACUAGUAAGAGCCAGCGCAUAGAUCCUACCGCCGUCGCCAAGCCACUGACCUAUAAGACCUGAUUGAGCCAAGUACACAUUAUGCAUUACGCCAUGCAUACCAAGCCUUCUCAACUCAAAACACUUGCUCUUAUUUCUUUGAAAUUUUUGAAAUUGUGUCCUUCCGCGGACAGAGCGGCACAGCGACAGUUUAGGAACUCUACACAACAAUGAUAUCUACUUGAGAGCUAAUAACAUGCAUUAGAGUGAGGGUAGAGGCGUGCAUCUUGCUUGGGAAAUCUAAGUUAGCGCCCUUUGGAUAACUCCGACAUUCUAGAACUAUCUUAUAGUAAGCUGUAAGCGGUAAGACCCCCUAAAACUAAUAACUGAAUGUUAAAAUACAUUUCAAAGUCACACUAAUACACUGGCACCAUGCACAAUAUCGGCCAGCCAAUAAAUCUCCCGUCACAGCUAACAAUGUUUGCUUUCUUCUUCUUCUUCUUCGCCGUGUUUUCUUCCCGAUUUCUGAGUCAGAGUUGCAUCUCAACCUAUUUAUUCCCCCCCCCCUCCCAUCUCUAUGGAAACAGCUAUUGAUCUGUUUGUUGUUGAACAUCUUAUUCGCUCUAUUUCCACA